GAGGCGCAAUGCGCAUUUAUAAACGACAGCCGCUUGACUUAAGUGUCCGGUUUGAUCCCUGCAGAAUGUCUUGUAAAGCCUGCUCCGCAGUCCCCGUAGCUCCACCCACCGCCGCUGCAGUUCCCCUUUAACGCGUCGGAGUUCACGCUCAAAACACUGCUUUUCACCGGACGGUGGUCCCGCCUGGAGUCAGCAGAUUGUUAGACGUCAGGCUCGUAAUGGAUCGAGGCUUGGAAACCGAGCAUUAAGGGAUCGCUGCCUCGACUUGACUGCACCAUGUAUCAGGCGGUACGGACGUUGUUACUCUCGAAUGCUCGCUGCUGGGAUGCCGACAGUGAGAGAACGUACCAGGAUCUAUUCGAGAAGCUCGAUACCAACAAGGAUGGGAAGGUGGAUGUGGCGGAGUUACGCGCCGGACUCAAGGCGAUGGGUAUUUUCCGCCAGGGUGCAGCUCAGAAAAUUGUCAUGUCCGGCGACCAAAACAAGGACGGCACGCUCGACUUCCAGGAGUUCACCAAAUACCUGAAGGAGCACGAGAAGAAGCUGCGACUGACGUUCAAGAGUCUGGACAGGAACAACGAUGGGCGUAUUGACGCUUCAGAGAUCCAGCAGUCUCUUGGAGAGCUGGGCAUGAGCAUCAGCAAGGAGGAUGCCCUGAAGAUCCUCCAGAGCAUGGACAUUGACGGCACCAUGAUGGUCGACUGGAACGAGUGGAGAGAGCACUUCCUUCUGUAUCCGGGCCACAACUUGGAGGAGAUCAUUCGCUUCUGGAAGCAUUCAUCGGUCCUGGAUAUCGGCGACAGUCUCACCAUCCCAGAUGAAUUCACUGAGGAAGAGAAAAGCUCUGGAAGGUGGUGGAAGCAGCUGGCGGCCGGCGCGGCCGCGGGCGCCGUCUCUCGAACUGGGACGGCCCCUUUGGACCGGAUGAAAGUCCUCAUGCAGGUUCACUCCAGUAAGACCAACAAAAUCAGCCUGGCCGGUGGAUUCAAGCAGAUGAUCACAGAAGGGGGGUUGGCCUCCUUGUGGAGGGGCAACGGAAUCAAUGUGCUGAAGAUCGCACCGGAGACGGCCAUCAAGUUCAUGGCUUAUGAGCAAUACAAGAAGCUGUUGUCAUCAGAGGGCCAAACGAUCGCGACGCACAAGAGGUUCAUGGCUGGAUCUCUGGCAGGAGCCACUGCACAGACGGCCAUCUACCCCAUGGAGGUUCUGAAGACCCGUCUGACGCUGAGGAAAACCGGCCAGUACUCGGGAAUGUUCGAUUGUGCAAAGACAAUCCUGAAGAAGGAGGGAGUCAAAGCCUUCUACAAGGGCUAUAUUCCAAACUUACUGGGCAUCAUUCCGUACGCCGGGAUAGACCUGGCUGUAUAUGAGAGUCUGAAGAACACGUGGCUGUCGUACCACCCGAAUGACUCGGCCAACCCCGGGGUUCUGGUGCUGCUAGGCUGCGGGACCAUCUCCAGCACCUGUGGGCAACUGGCCAGCUAUCCUCUCGCACUAAUUCGCACACGGAUGCAGGCGCAAGCGUCCCUGGACCCAUCCGACCAGCCCUCCAUGAGCUCCCUGCUGAGGAAGAUCAUCGCCAAGGAGGGCUUUUUUGGACUCUACAGAGGCAUCCUGCCGAAUUUCAUGAAAGUCAUUCCAGCUGUCAGCAUUAGCUACGUUGUUUACGAGUACAUGAAGACCAACCUGGGGAUCUCAAAAUGAUCCUGACAUUCACUGAGACUUCGCCGAACAAACAAUUGAAGCAAGUACCUCUGUGGUUCCUCAGCAGCCAAAGCAUGAAUAAUUUAGACUGAAAGCUCGGACACCAAAACGCUGCGUUUAAUCCAAACAAUUACAAAAUGGAAAGUCAUUGACCACCAUUCCAGUAGACGCUCAUCAGUGCGUCACUUCCAAUCCGCUCUGAAAACAAUACAAACGUGAUAAGAAAAGGUUGGAUAAUGGGAUAAUAUUUUUUCAGUAAAUACAUAUUUAAAAUUCACAUUUCCUCCUGAUGAAGGUAGAACUAUAUUUGGCCUGUGACAUCAUUUCUCACUGUCCUUAGUGAAGGAACACAUGCCCAUAUUGCACUGCAACAAUUGAAAGUCAAAUAAGAGUCAAAUAUUAAGAGAAAAAAACCCUGCAGAAUUCAGAUUGUAGCUGUUGGUGGUGGACGGUUUUAUUGUUUUAGCAAGUUAAAGCUUCUUUCUAAUGGUUUAAGUGACAGGUGAACUGAUUCACAAAUGUCCGGGAAACAGAGUAAAUAUUGGGUGGUGGUGGCUUUUAUCCUCGGCUCAAAUCACUUGUCAUAUAUCCUGAACCUCUGUAGCGCUGACGACAACGUGGGAUUUCUGUCUCUCAAUACACAGAGACGACGAUUCAUUCGACUAAAACAAAUGGUGCUGUCGUAGUCUCAGAGACACUGGAUGGUUUUGUUUGCAUGACAAUGUGGUGAACACUGUGUUUAUCUAAAUAAUGUGCCUUGCAGCCAUUCAAUGUGAUGUUUAUAUGUUCUGUACCGGUGUUAUUUAUUUAUGAUGGUUUCCUCUAUGCAAUAUAGUAGCAUUUUAAGGAAACUAUCUGAAAGUAACCGUUCAGGAGUUGCUUGCUCUGACGUUGAACUUCCUGGAAAAGGAAACUGUAACUUGGAGUGUACUCCCAACACCACACUCUUCAUCUAACUCCAUAUAGUCGGUGUGUGAGUCUGCGGGGAAAACACUACUAUGUUUUUACUUGAACAUAGGAAACCCAAAAGUAUAUUUUUUCUUUCUCUACUGUAUGUCCUUACAUCGAUUUCCAAUGAUAUAGAAUGCUGUAUUGACAUAUUGGC